AUGUAUCUGGAGACCAUGAGCAUGCAGUUCGCGACCAACAUCGUUGACGCCCAGAACCACUCGAUUGCCCUCAUCGAAUCCGCAUCUCAGAUCUCCUUCGGCUUGCAUUACGGCUCAGCCGGCGCCACUGCCAAGAUGCCCGGCUCUCUUCUCUUCGGCGGCUACGACCGAAACUGCGUCAUCGGCCCCAUCCUUUCACUCGACGCCGACUUCCGCAACCCCGUCACCCUCUAA